UGCGCCCCACGGUUAAAGAUAUACGUAUAUAGUAUAUCUUUAACCGUGGUGCGCCCCUUUUGUUAUUGAUAACGACCGUCAUAAUCACGACUGACCGGUUUAAAAUUUUAAACAAUAAUUAUUGUUACAAAAUAAUCGUUGUUUACGACUGUUUUCGAUUAUUGUCCAUUUGUAAGUUACAUGUUACCUACAACUUGGAAUUUAGAACGGUUUCAAUAUUUUUAAUAAUACAAUAAUACACUGUUAAACUCGUAUUUGAAACGAUAAGGCUACAAUCGGAUUGAAGUCAUAUCGUCCUAUUAUAUAUUAUCACGUGCGUUGUGCGCCAAAGCUCGUCGAUCUGUAUUAAUUAUAAAUUAUAAUUAAUACUUUUUAACGUGCAUUCGUUGCCUUUUCCUUAGUCCGCGGGCUGUUCACUCAAGAAUCAUGAAUACUUUUGAGAUUACCCAGUCAAUGAACUGGUACAAAUCUAAUGUCAUGACUAUGGACGAUUGUGGAAAGCUAAUUGCAUAUGGCUCAAGAUCUAUCAUUGUAUUAGUUAGUGGUUUGGAUGGUAAAAGCGUCUAUGAUUUACAAUAUAACCGUCUUAGACUGAAUACAAAAUUGGGUUGUGGUCGUAUUGGAGCUGUAUCAUUUUCUCCUAAAACUGAUUUUUUAGAAGAUGCACAUUAUUUGGCUUCUAUAGAUGAAGUUAAUAUUUACAUCUGGAAAGUAAAAAGCAUGGUCUGUGAUCACAUACAUUCAUUUGGAAAUAAAAAAAGUAAGAACAUAACUCUGGUGGAUGUUACAUGGUUGUAUGGAUGUUUAACCGUUGUAGCAUUGUCAGAUGCUGGGACUUUACACAAGUGGGAUAUUCAAGCAUUAACAAUGCGUAAUUAUACGUUAGAUAUUAAAGCAUCACCUUUAACAUUAGCAGCUUGCCCUCACAAAAAGAAUUUAGUUGCUAUAGGAUGUAAAAAUGGUCAUCUAUUUGUCUAUGACCUAACUGGUGAUGGCAAAUUAUUACACAAAUUGCAUUACCAUGAAAGAAAUAUAAAUUCAUUGGCUUGGUGUCCAGUUCCUUAUAGUCCAUUGAAUUCUGAUCAAUCUGUUGAACCUUUAUUACUAGCAUCAAUAGCAUGUGAUAGAACUGGUUUAUGUAUAAGUCGUGCUGGUUUAGAUAUGUUUAAUGAAACUACCAUUGCAUUACCUAUGAGACCAAUGAGAAAAUCUACAUUCAGAAAUAAAAAUAAUUUAAUUUGGAGCUGUGUUAAAUGGAUAAAACCUUCAAUUCUUAUUGUUACAUCUGGUUUUGGAGAAAUUAUAAAAAUAGAACUUAGACCAGAUUUGGUAUGUGGACCAAUAGUGUCUUUGAUUAGUGAUUCCCACAAGGAUAUAAUUUUUUCUAUAGCAUGUCCACGGGAAUCAACCAAUCUUUAUUUAUGGUCAUCGUGCAUGGGUAGAAAAUUAAUUCGAACUCCCUUACUAAGGAGUAAAGAAGAGACCCCCGAAUUACCAUUGGAAGUUCCAACGCUUGGUGGUUUUGUGUAUUGUUUUUCACUAUCCCCAGUUAAUUCAGCUGACUUUGCAUUUGGUCUUGGCGAUGGAAGAAUUUAUUAUUGGAAUGUAUCUAACAAACGUCAAUUAGAACUAAUUACACUGAGUCAAUCCGUAGACUCAAAAGUCUUAUCUUUAGCAUUUCAUCCACAAGACGAAGGUUUGUUAGCAUAUGCUACAGGUGAUGGACGUGUUGGAGUUUUUAAUUUAACAAAAAAAAGGAAUAAUAAUAAUUUGUUAAAAACUGUACUUGCUAAUCCAAUUUACCGGUUAUGUUGGGCACCAUUUCCAAAUACGAAAAUGGUUAAUGAUGCAAAACUUGCUCUUUAUGCAGUUGGUAAUGGGCAAAUUGUAAUUUAUAAUGACAUGAGUCUUUGGACAGAUCCAUUUCAUUUAAAAGAUUAUACUCAAUUUAAUGAAAUUGAAGAUAAGCUAACAACGCCCGUUAAACGUAUUGAAAUGGCUUGGAAACCAAAUUAUGAUGUGGUUGCAAUAGGAAAUUCAAAUGGGAGCAUUUAUUUAUUAGAUGGAAAUACAUUAAAACUUAAACAUGUAGUGAAUGGUCAUGAUCAAUCUGUUGAGUGUAUUAUCUGGCAUCCAACACAUGUAACUUCUGAUUAUAGUGAAGAAUCCAAAUAUAAAAAUUAUUUUGCAUCAAGUUCACACUGCAUUAGAGUCCAUCAACUUAACGAAGAUUGUACGCCGUCAUUGGUUGUUGAAUUUAAAGGACACAAAGAAAAAAUCAAUGAACUAGCAUGGAGUCCUCAUCAUAAUUUAAUACUUUUGAGUUGUUCAAAUGAUUUUACUGCCAAAGUAUGGAAUGUGGAAAAAUGUACACUUAUUGGAGUUUAUUCUAAACAUUUAUCCACUGUGUUGUGUGGAAUAUUCUCACCUUGUGAUGCUGAUAUAGUAUUUACUGGCUCUGCUGAUCACUCUAUCCAUUCAUGGCGAUUAUCAAAAGAUUUACACAAUUAUACAACUGAGUUCAAAAAAAAUCAAGAUACUCCUAAUAUUGUUAAAGAAAAAAUUGUUACAAAAGUUGCUGAUAAUUCUACGACUGAUUCAAGCAAAGAACAAUCAAAUAAAAUUCAACAGUUUCCAUUAUCAAGUUAUGAACUUUUUAUUGGAAAACAUUUAGAAAAAGCUGUAGAUAAAUUUAUCAAUUCAAAGUAUUUAAACAAUGUGUCAGUAGAUGAAGAAAUAAAUUAUUUGGCAUUUUUUGGUACAAAUACUGAAAUGAAACAGUUUUUAGUUAAUGAAUACAGUGCAUUAAGAAAAAAGUCUUCAAAUCAAAUUAUUCCUUGUAUGAACAAUAUAAAUAUAUGGGGUCAAAACUUAGAAGGUUAUUUUAAGGAUGCAAUUGCAACAAAAACUAUCAGUGAUUGGAUGAUAGCUGUUGCCCCAAGUGUUAGUUAUGAAUUAUGGACUAAAAUGUGUGAUGUAUAUGCCAGUCAACUAGAAGAUGUUGGAGAAGUUACUAAAGCAUCAACAUAUUUAGUAGCUAUAAAAAAAUAUGAUGAAGCUGCAACGAUGUUACUAAAAAAUAAUUUGUUCCGCGAAGCUUUAGCAGUCGUUAAGAGCCAAGAUAAGCAAAAUGAUGAGAUUGUAUUAGAAAUAACUAAAAAGUGGGGUGAAUACAAUAUUCUUCACGGGCAUCCCAAAGAAGCUGCUCAUUGUUUUCUGAGUAUUGGUGAUACGCGAAAUGCUAUUUUAUGCCUUAUAAAAAUUAAGCAAGUUAAAGAAUUGUCAUUAGCUGCCAAGUUAGCUAGGUAUAUAGAUGAAGAUAUGGAAGAGUCAUUGGUUGUUAAUUUAUUGAAAACCGAAUAUUUUAGACAUCAUACAUGGAAUGAAGCUAGAGAGCUUCUAAAAAAUCAUCCUAAACUUGAUUAUUUAAACAUGUGGACUGGUGUUCAUGAAGCAAUGUAUGAGUUAGAUCCCAAAGUAACUCAUAUUAUAAUUAAAAACUGGAUUUGCGCUACACCAAACGAGGAAAAUUGUUCAAUUUUAAAUUAUAUUUUGGAGCAUGUAGAGAAUAAACCAGAUUAUUAUGACAAAUUACUAAAAAUAGUGGGGUCAGAAUUCAUUUCUGAUGCUUCACUUUUGAUGCCAAUGAUUACUGUAUUCUUAGCGGGCCAGUUCUGUUUAAUAGCUUUACAGUAUCAAAAAACUGGAAUGUUCACUUUAGAUUCUCAAACGCGUUUAAUAAAAUGUUUUGCACUUGCAUAUAACUAUGAAACAGUGUAUACAGAUUCCAAUUCAAAAUUUAAUAAGAUCCUUUCUAGAUUGAUUAUGUGGAUUUUCCCUAAAGGACCUUUAACAUUGGAUUCAUAUGUACAUUUUGAAUUGAACGACAACUUGAUAAAAUCAAUCCGAGCUUAUUUAUGUUAUACUUGUUUUUCAUGGUUGAAACCUUUGUAUACUAGUAUAAACAAAAAACUAAACUUGCCAGUUGAUGAAGAUAUUUCUGACAAUGAAAAAUAUUUCAGUGAAAUUAUUAUUUUAACUCAACAAUUUCAACAGUUACUUAACAAUUAUAUUCAUGAUAUAAUGGAUUUAGAAACUUCAAACUACUUUAAAGCUAAAAAAGAAAUUGAACGCAUAAAUCAGUUACUGACUACUAGCUCUACUGAAGUUAACAUUGGUGGUUCGAUAAAUGAAGAGGUAAUUGGAUGUAUAAAGUCAAUAAAAAGUAAGGAUGAAAAUCAGAAUACUGAGAUUUUAGACAGUAAAGUAAUAAUAACUUCAGAAGCCAAUGAAUUAAAAGAUGUGAAAUCUUUAAUUGAAAAUAUGAAAGAAUGCAAUAUUGACAAUAUAUCUAAUUUUAACAAGUUAGAACACGAAGAAUCAAAUUCGCUUCAAAAUAAAAAAUUUAAUAAUCUACAAAAUAAUAAUAAUGCUAGUACAGAUUGUGAUAUAGUUUGUACAAAUGAUAACCCUACAAAAAUACAUGAAAUACAUUUGGAAGAAAACAAUUCUCUUGCAAACUCAAAUGAUUUGCUCGUUGAAAGAGAAACAUGUAAAAAAGAAGUAUACCAAUUCUAUCAAAAUCUCAAAUCAGAGAUAAAUAAAUUUAAUUUAAAUGAUCAGUCGCCUGUCAAGCAUAUUGCCCAUUUAGAAAUUGAAGCCUCAAAGAAAAAAGAACUUGAACAAAUUGUGACAGAAUUUGAAGAUAAACGGAUAAAUUCUCCUAAUCCGUUUUUAUUUAUAGCAGAGUUGAAAAAAUUUAUCCAUGAUCUUGAUAUCAACUUUAAAUAUGAAAACUAAAAAAUGGCGCAUCACUUGCCUUAAAAAAAAUAUUAAUAUUUAAUCUGUGAUACUACUGUUUUCUUAUUAGUUAGUUAACUAAUAAUUAUCUUAUAUUCAUCUUUAAAAAUUUAGGAAUUAUAUAUAUAUAAUAUAUAACAUGUAAUAAUAUUAAGUAUUCAAUUAACUAAAAAUAUAAAUUCUAAUCUGUUUUUCUGGAAUUACAGCAAAUUAAAAAUUAAAAAUAUUAUAUAAUAAUCACUAAGACUGAUUAGUAUUUAUCAAGUUUUUUUUUUUGUUAAUUUAAGUUUAAAUUUGAAAUAAAUUAAAUCAUUUAAAAAUUAAUAUAAUUGUACUGUAGCAUUUGUUAGUAUUUUUCUGUAAACUGAAUAAAAUUCACUGAUAAUUCAUGAAUGUCAA